UUCCGCAUAUGUAUAAACCUCUUUUCUCAAAUCGAUUUCACAUAUCGCCAAUUACAAUUACAGUCAACUGAACCCCACCAUGAGCGACACUGCGUCCAGCGCCGCUACCGCUGCCGCCACCGCCUCCUCCACCACCACCGAAGCCUCUCCGAUCACCAAAACUUCCGUUGUCGGAAGAUGGGCUGACGAGCCCGACGACGUCGUAGAGGAGCCCGAAGCAACAUCCACUUCCUCCGCCACCGACGGAAUUAUACUAGACUCUCUCGCCAUCGACGAGUCCAAAAAAGUUAACAACUUCCUUGAUGAUCCUGAAGAUGCCAACAUUCAAGCUGUUACCUCCGGAGAAACACCGUAUACAUCUGCCGUGAGAUUCGAGGAUUUAAACCUUUCACCGGAGUUAUUGAAAGGACUCUACGUGGAGAUGAAGUUUGAGAGACCGAGUAAGAUCCAAUCAAUUAGCUUGCCGAUGAUACUAACUCCACCUUUCAAGAAUCUAAUUGCUCAGGCACACAAUGGUUCUGGGAAAACAACUUGUUUCGUGCUCGGUAUGUUGAGUCGCGUUGAUCCAAAGCUAGGCGUUCCUCAGGCACUGUGUAUAUGCCCAACCAGAGAAUUGGCAAUCCAGAAUAUGGAAGUGCUACUGAAGAUGGGAAAGUUUACUGGCAUAACAUCAGAAUUAGGACUUCCUGCAGAUAAAGCUAAUUACAUGCCGAUCUCCAAAAGAGCACCAAUUACAGCACAAGUAAUUAUCGGCACACCUGGUACAAUUAACAAAUGGAUUGCAGCCAAGAAACUGGGUACUUCUCAACUGAAGAUUCUUGUCUUUGAUGAAGCAGAUCAUAUGCUUGCAGAGGGAGGUUUUAAAGAAGAUUCUGUAAGAAUAAUGAAGGAAAUCGUGAGGUGGAGUCCUAAAUGCCAGGUGCUAUUGUUUUCUGCUACUUUCAAUGAGAAUGUGAAGGCUUUUGUAUCAAAAAUUGUUAAAGAUCUUUUCAAACAAGAGUACAAUCAACUAUUCGUGAAGAAAGAAGAACUGUCAUUGGAUUCAGUGAAACAAUAUAAAGUGAAUCUACCUGAUGAACUUUCAAAGAUUUUGGUAAUUAAAGACAAAAUCAUGGAGCUAGGGCAAAAAGUUGGACAAACAAUUAUAUUUGUCAAAACAAGAAAAAGUGCUGGAAUGUUGCAUGAUGCACUUUCUGGCUAUGGUUAUGAAGUCACAACAAUUCAAGGUGCUCUUACACAAGAAGAUAGAGAUAAAAUUGUUAAAGAAUUCAAAGAUGGAUUGACUCAAGUUUUGAUAUCAACCGAUGUUCUUGCUCGUGGGUUUGAUCAAGCACAGGUCAAUUUGGUGGUUAAUUAUGAUCUUCCUAUAAGACAUGAUCAUCAAUCUGAACCUGACCAUGAAGUGUACUUGCAUCGGAUUGGAAGAGCAGGGCGAUUUGGGCGUAAAGGAGCUGUAUUCAACUUGCUAUGUGGUGAAAGGGACAACAUGAUCAUGGAAAAAAUUGAGAGACAUUUCAACCAUUAUGUUACUGAGGUGACCUCAUGGACAGAUGAUGAACAGUUUGAGGAUGCUUUGAAGAAAGCUGGUUUGAUGUAAAGAUUUUACAUAUUGGACCUUUAUAUGAAAGCUGGUUUGAGUUAUUUACUAAACUGCCAUUUAAUGGUUUUUGUAUUGUUUGGUUGGGAUUUAUAAUUGUCACAAAAGUUGGGAGUUAUGAGAAGAUUUAAUUUGGAAUA